UCGGAGUGGUACACGGCUCACGGUGCAGACGCGGAACUGGCGUGCGCUCGGAGCGGCGCCCGCGCCGAGGAGCGACUGACGCUCGGCUGCCGGGGGACGUCUGGCCGAACCCGGCCGGUCCCCCGAGGCUCGGGAGACUUGGAUUUUCAGAUAAUAUCAGGAUUCCUCCUGGGAACAUUGAUUCCAUGCUUGGUGCCUUGAAGUUUCUCUGAGAUGAACUGAUGAAUCGGAACCAUGGUGCAAAAGAAGAAGUCCUGUCCUCGGUUACUUGACUACCUAGUGAUCGUAGGGGCCAGGCACCCGAGCAGUGAUAGCGUGGCCCAGACUCCAGAACUGCUACGGCGAUACCCAUUAGAGGAUCACGCCGAGUUUCCCCUGCCCCCGGAUGUCGUGUUCUUCUGCCAGCCAGAGGGCUGCCUGAGUGUGCGACAACGGCGCAUGAGCCUGCGCGAGGACACCUCUUUUGUCUUCACUCUCACCGACAAGGACACCGGAGUCACGCGUUAUGGCAUCUGUGUUAACUUCUACCGCUCCUUCCAAAAGCGCGUGCCUAAGGAAAAGGGGGAGGCCGGGGCAGGGUCCCGUGGGAAGGAAGGACCCCACGCCACCUGCAUCUCAGAAGAGGUUGGCUCCGAGAGCUCGGAGAGUGGCCCGUCCCUGCAGCCUCCCAGUGCCGACUCUACCCCGGAUGUGAACCAGUCUCCUCGGGGCAAACACCGGGCCAAGGCGGAGAGCCGUUCCCGCAACAGCACUCUGACGUCCCUGUGUGUGCUCAGCCAUUACCCCUUCUUCUCCACCUUCCGGGAGUGUCUGUACACCCUCAAACGUCUGGUGGACUGCUGUAGUGAGCGACUGCUGGGCAAGAAACUGGGCAUCCCUCGAGGCAUACAAAGGGACACCAUGUGGCGCAUCUUUACUGGAUCGUUGUUAGUGGAGGAGAAGUCAAGUGCCCUUCUGCACGACCUUCGAGAGAUUGAGGCCUGGAUCUAUCGAUUGCUGCGCUCCCCAGUACCCGUCUCAGGGCAGAAGCGAGUGGACAUUGAGGUCCUGCCCCAGGAGCUCCAGCAAGCUCUGACCUUUGCGCUUCCAGACCCCUCUCGAUUCACCCUAGUGGAUUUCCCACUGCACCUUCCCUUGGAACUUCUGGGUGUGGAUGCCUGUCUUCAGGUGCUAACCUGCAUCCUGUUAGAGCACAAGGUGGUGCUGCAGUCCCGAGACUACAACGCACUCUCCAUGUCUGUGAUGGCAUUUGUGGCAAUGAUUUAUCCCUUGGAGUAUAUGUUUCCUGUUAUUCCACUGCUGCCCACCUGCAUGGCGUCCGCAGAACAGCUGCUGUUGGCUCCGACGCCGUACAUCAUCGGGGUCCCUGCCAGCUUCUUCCUCUACAAACUGGACUUCAAAAUGCCUGAUGACGUAUGGCUAGUGGAUCUGGACAGCAGUAGGGUAAUUGCCCCCACCAAUGCAGAAGUGCUACCUAUCCUUCCAGAACCAGAAUCACUAGAGUUGAAAAAACAUUUGAAACAGGCCCUCGCCAGCAUGAGUCUCAACACCCAGCCCAUCCUCAAUCUGGAGAAAUUCCACGAAGGCCAGGAGAUCCCUCUUCUCUUGGGAAGGCCUUCUAAUGACCUGCAGUCUACACCUUCCACUGAAUUCAACCCACUCAUCUAUGGCAACGAUGUGGAUUCUGUGGAUGUCGCAACCAGAGUGGCCAUGGUCCGUUUCUUCAACUCCCCCAACGUGCUGCAGGGCUUUCAGAUGCACACACGUACCCUGCGUCUCUUCCCCCGGCCCGUGGUAGCUUUCCAAGCUGGCUCCUUUCUAGCCUCACGUCCCCGGCAGACUCCUUUUGCUGAGAAACUGGCCAGGACUCAGGCUGUGGAGUACUUUGGAGAAUGGAUCCUCAACCCCACCAACUAUGCCUUUCAGCGGAUUCACAACAACACAUUCGAUCCAGCCCUGAUAGGCGACAAGCCGAAGUGGUACAUCCACCAGCUGCAGCCUGUCCACUAUCGAGUGUAUGACAGCAGUUCCCACCUGGCCGAGGCGCUGAGCGUGCCGCCGGAGCACGACUCUGACUCUGACCCUACUGAUGACAGCGGCAGUGAUAGUAUGGAUUAUGAUGACUCAAGCUCUUCUUACUCUUCCCUUGGUGACUUUGUCAGUGAGAUGAUGAAAUGUGACAUCAAUGGUGAUACUCCUAACGUGGAUCCUCUGACACACGCGGCACUGGGGGAUGCCAGUGAGGUAGCUAUUGAUGAGCUGCAGAGCCAGAAGGAAGCAGAGGAACCUGGCCCAGACAGCGAGAACUCUCAGGAAAACCCCCCUCUGCGUUCCAGCUCCAGCACCACCGCCAGCAGUAGCCCCAGCACCGUUAUCCAUGGAGCCAGUUCUGAACCUGCCGACUCAACGGAGAUGGAUGAUAAGGCAGCAGUAGGCGUCUCCAAGUCCCUCCCCAGCGUGCCUCCCAGCAUUGGCAAAGCGAACGUGGACAGGCGUCAGACAGAAACUGGAGAGGGGUCAGUGCGCCGGCGAACCUAUGAUAAUCCAUACUUCGAGCCCCAGUAUGGCUUUCCCCCUGAGGAAGAUGAUGCUGAGCAGGGGGAACGUUACACUCCCCGAUUCAGCCAACAUGUCAGUGGCAGUCGGGCUCAAAAGCUGCUGCGGCCCAACAGCUUGAAACUGGCAAGUGACUCAGAUGCAGAGUCAGACUCUCGAGCGAGCUCGCCCACCUCCACCGUCUCCAACAACAGCACUGAGGGCUUCGGGGGCAUCAUGUCUUUUGCCAGCAGUCUGUAUCGGAACCACAGUACGAGCUUCAGUCUUUCAAAUCUCACACUGCCUACCAAAGGAGCGCGAGAGAAAACCACACCCUUCCCCAGUCUGAAAGUAUUUGGGCUAAAUACUCUAAUGGAGAUUGUUACUGAAGCCGGCCCCGGGAGUGGUGAAGGAAACAGGAGGGCCUUAGUGGACCAGAAGUCAUCGGUCAUUAAACACAGCCCAACAGUGAAAAGAGAGCCUCCGUCACCUCAGGGUCGAUCCAGCAAUUCUAGUGAGAACCAGCAGUUCCUGAAGGAGGUGGUGCACAGCGUGCUGGACGGCCAGGGAGUUGGCUGGCUCAACACGAAGAAGGUGCGACGGCUGCUGGAGAGCGAGCAGCUUAGAGUCUUUGUCCUGAGCAAGCUGAGCCGCACGGUGCAGUCAGAGGACGAGGCCCAGCAGGACAUCAUCCCAGAUGUGGAGAUCGGUCGGAAGGUGUACAAGGGCAUGUUAGACCUGCUCAAGUGCACGGUCCUCAGUCUGGAGCAGUCCUACGCCCACGCAGGUCUGGGUGGCAUGGCCAGCAUCUUUGCGCUUCUGGAGAUCGCCCAGACCCACUACUAUAGUAAAGAACCAGACAAGCGGAAGAGAAGUCCAACAGAGAGUGUAAAUACACCAAUUGGCAAGGAUCCUGGCCUGGCUUGGCGGGGGGACCCAAAGGCCAUGGCACAGCUGAGAGUCCCCCAGCUGGGACCUCGGGCACCAAGUGCCUCAGGAAAGAGUCCCAAGGAACUGGACACCAGAAGUCUAAAGGAGGAGAACUUUGUAGCAUCUAUCGAAUUGUGGAACAAGCACCAGGAAGUGAAAAAGCAAAAAGCUUUGGAAACACAGAGGCCUGAAGUAAUCAAACCCACCUUUGACCUUGGUGAGACAGAGGAGAAGAAGUCCCAAGUCAGCGCAGACAGUGGUGUGAGCCUGACGUCUGGUCCCCAGAGGACUGAUCCAGAUUCUGUCCUUGGUGUGAGUCCAGCCGUUAUGAUCCGAAGCUCGAGUCAGGACUCUGAAGUUAGCACCGUGGUGAGUAAUAGCUCUGGAGAGACCCUUGGAGCGGACAGUGACCUGAGCAGCAAUGCAGGUGAUGGACCAGGCGGUGAGGGCGGCACCCACUUGGCAGGCUCUAGAGGCACGUUGUCUGAUAGUGAAAUUGAAACCAACUCUGCCACCAGUGCCAUCUUUGGUAAAGCCCACAGCUUGAAGCCAAGUGUAAAGGAGAAGCUGGUGGGCAGCCCAGUUCGCUUUUCUGAAGAUGUAAGCCAGCGAGUCUAUCUCUACGAGGGACUCCUAGGAAGGGACAAAGGAUCGAUGUGGGACCAGUUAGAGGAUGCCGCUAUGGAGACCUUUUCUAUAAGCAAAGAGCGUUCUACUUUAUGGGACCAAAUGCAGUUCUGGGAAGAUGCAUUCUUAGAUGCUGUGAUGUUGGAGAGAGAAGGAAUGGGUAUGGACCAGGGUCCCCAGGAAAUGAUAGACAGGUACCUGUCCCUAGGAGAACAUGACCGGAAGCGCCUAGAGGAUGAUGAAGAUCGUUUGCUGGCCACGCUCUUGCACAACCUCAUCUCCUACAUGCUGCUGAUGAAGGUAAAUAAGAAUGAUAUCCGGAAGAAGGUGAGGCGCCUGAUGGGAAAGUCGCAUAUUGGGCUUGUGUACAGCCAGCAAAUCAACGAAGUGCUUGACCAGCUGGCAAACCUGAAUGGACGAGAUCUCUCUAUCCGGUCCAGUGGCAGCCGGCACAUGAAGAAGCAGACAUUUGUGGUACAUGCGGGGACAGACACAAAUGGAGAUAUCUUUUUCAUGGAGGUGUGUGACGACUGCGUGGUACUGCGUAGUAACAUCGGGACAGUGUACGAGCGCUGGUGGUAUGAGAAGCUCAUCAACAUGACCUACUGUCCCAAGACCAAGGUGCUAUGCUUGUGGCGUAGAAACGGCUCUGAGACCCAGCUCAACAAAUUCUAUACUAAGAAGUGUCGGGAGCUGUACUACUGCGUGAAGGACAGCAUGGAGCGUGCCGCCGCCCGACAGCAGAGCAUCAAACCUGGGCCGGAGCUGGGUGGCGAGUUCCCUGUGCAGGACAUGAAGACUGGCGAGGGUGGCUUGCUGCAGGUCACCCUAGAAGGGAUCAAUCUCAAGUUCAUGCACAACCAGGUUUUCAUAGAGCUGAAUCACAUUAAAAAGUGCAAUACAGUUCGAGGCGUCUUUGUCCUGGAGGAAUUUGUUCCUGAAAUUAAAGAAGUGGUGAGCCACAAGUACAAGACACCAAUGGCCCACGAGAUCUGCUACUCUGUGUUGUGUCUCUUCUCAUAUGUGGCUGCUGUCCGUAGCAGUGAGGAAGAUCUCAGAACCCCACCCCGGCCCGUCUCUAGCUGAUGGAGAGGGGUUAAGGCUGCCCCAGCCCAGGGGCCGUCCCUUGCCUCUCGCUGUUCCCAAGUGCACCGUGCUGCUGUGACUGCGAAGUGGGUGAUGCGUGUGUGUUCUCUGCAAGCCCCCUCGCUGAGGCUCAGAUGGGCCCCAGUUCUGUGUGUCUCAGUGUCUUAGUGUGUCUCACAGGGCUGAGCUAGUCUCUUCCAGCUUCUUCCUCUCCACCCCCAAAAGACCAUCCUCCUGUCCCCUCGGGGCUCAAAAGUGCGUGUGUGUCUGUCUGUUGGGCCAAUGGCUUCUAAGAACUCGGAGUACAGGCAAGUGCGAGCCCGCUGUUACGUGUCAUUGAGACAUUUGUGUUGUAGUUUCUCAUCCUUGACAUUAUAACCUUCCAGAGCAGGACUUGGGCUCUCCGUCCUCUGUGAUCCGGCACCACUGGGUGCCUGGAGCAGUCCCACUGUGGGGAGUUGAGGGAAGCUUGAGGCUUGUCCCCCCAGACGAGGGGUGGGUGGGGAAAGGAAGGGGGGAGUCAAGGGGCAGCAGAGCGAGUGGCAACCUCCCUGCUUCCUUAGUUCCUCCCUGGGACUUCCAGGCAGUCCCCAAGCUGGCAGCGACUGCCCACGGGCACAGGCCUGGCUGCUGCUACCACGGUCUCCACCAGUGCAGUGGGGCUGCACUGACCGGCUGCUGCUUGCUGAGCAGCAGUUCCCUUGUGGUCUGCCUGGCCUUCGGCAGGGGAGAGCAAAACGACUGGGGCUGGGAGAGUCCCAGGGACCACAGGCUGCCACGCCCAGGAACCUGGUGGUGUGGGGAGAGGCCGAGUUCAGUAUCCACCUCUGUGUCUGCGGGUAGCAUCGCAGCACUGGCUGCCAGAGGGAGCGAGAGCCUGGGAGUGGGCACGAGAUGACUGUAAAUAUUUCAGCUCCACAUUAUUUAUAGAAAAUGUACAGAUGUGUGAAUGUGAAAUAAAGGUCCUCAACUCCC